ACAACGGGAAGUUGUUGUCAUUUUAAAGCUCUUAUUAGAAAUGUGUGUUUACUUUUCCCCUUUUAAAACCACUAACAUUUAAAAACAACUCUGGAGGAGGCAGUUGCAUUGUUGGAGCUGUAUUUAGUUGUAAUGAUAAUCAGCUUUUCCUGGGCUAUUUAUUUUAUAUUCGUGUCGAAGCCAUUGUUUGGGAAGACUUAGUGUUAGCAAUGGGUCGAUGACACAAACUGCACCAGAAGUUUUAAAGGCUGAUUAAAACACUGCUGCAGGACCGACAUGGAUUUCUCCAAGUUCCUGGACGAUGAUUUUGAUGUGAAAGACUGGGUGAACGGCGCUUUCAAGGUGGUGCAGAAAGAUGCCCCGGGGAAAGCUGACAGCCACGCAGCCACUCUGGUCAUGAAGCUGCAGCUCUUCAUCCAGGAGGUCAACAAUGCCAUCGAGGAAAGCAGUAAUCAAGCCCUCCAAAACAUGCCCCGAGUUUUGCGCGAUGUGGAGGCGUUGAAGCAGGAAGCUUCCUUCCUAAAGGAGCAAAUGGUUCUGGUGAAAGAGGACAUCAAGAAGUUUGAGCAAGACACUGUGCAGUCCAUGCAGGUCCUGGUGGAAAUCGAUCAAGUGAAGGGUCGGAUGCAGCUGGCAGCAGACGCACUGCAGGAGGCAGACAAGUGGAGCACGCUGAGCACAGAUAUAGAGGAGACCUUCAAAACACAGGACCUUGCAGUGAUUUCCUCCAAGCUGACCAGUAUGCAGAACAGCCUGGCCAUGCUGGUGGACACGCCGGACUACUCUGAGAAGUGUGUCCACCUCGAGGCUCUGAAAAACAGACUUGAGGCGAUGGCUAGUCCACAAAUAGUGGCAACUUUUAAUUCCAUGUCCUUAGACCAGGCCAAGCUGUUUGUUAAAGUCUUCACAGAGAUAGAUAGAAUGCCCCAGCUUCUCGCAUACUACUACAAGUGUCACAAGGUCCAGUUGGUGAACAUAUGGCAAGAUCUCUCUCAGAGCGAGCUCGGUCUCAAUCAGCAGCUGUCCGAAUUCUACGACACCUUGCUCUCCAGUUGGCAUGGUCAGCUCCAGUGGACCACCCAGGUGUUCAAAAACCCCAAUGAAGUGGUGACAGUGCUACUGAUCCAGACUCUGGGAGCGAUGGUGCCGUCCAUCCCUGUGUGUCUGAGCACAGUCAUGGAGCGGGCAUCCCAAGAGCAACGCCUCGACAAUCUGCUGGAACUCCAUCAAACCACAUCCACCUUUGGACACAGCCUGGAAACUGCCAUGCUCCCACACCUGGGUGAGAAUAAUCUACUCAAGGUGAAUGAGCUGGUCUGUGCGCUGUAUGAUCCCUACAAAUCUUAUCAGCUACAGUAUGGAGAGUUGGAGGAAGCUCACCUCCUCAUUCAGAUCAGCGCUGUUCCUCUGGAGCAUGGGGAGGUGAUUGAUUGUGUGGAAGAGUUGAGCCACUCUGUAGGCAAGUUGUUUGGUCUGGCUGGUGCUGCUGUGGAGCGCUGCCUCAGACUAUCUGAUGGACUUGCUGUGUGUGGCCUCCUCAAAGCUCUAAAAGCCCUCUUUACCAAGUAUGUGUCAGACUUCUCCACGACGCUCCAGUCAAUCAGGAAGAAGUGUAAACUUGAAGAUAUUCCAAGCUCGUCUGUUUUCCAAGAGGACUGGACAGCCUUCCAGAACUCAGUCAGGAUCAUUGCAACAUGUGGAGAAUUGCUGAGGCAGUGUGGGGCCUUUGAACAGCAGCUAUCAAACAAGAUUCUUGGCACGGCAGGCAAGUACUUGUCAGAGUCAUACAGCCCACGCACCCUGGCAGGCAUUCAGGAGGUCAGCUCCACGGAGAGGAAGAGCGCCACCAAAAACCCUUGGCAGGAAUACAACUACCUCCAGAAGGGAAAUGUGGCUGAAUAUAACAGUUUGAUGGAAGUCCUCUACUCAUUAAAGGAAAAGGGCACCGGCAACUCCAGCUUGUUAUCUGAGCCCAGAACAGCUCUGACCAGACUCAAUCAGCAGGCCAACCAGCUGGCCUUCGACUCCGUCUUCCUGCAGAUCAAACACCAGCUCUGCCUCGUCUCCAAGAUGGAGAGUCAGGAGGUUUCUGGUAUUGGAGAGAGCUACUCUGAAGACCUGCCUACCUUCAGCCUGUCACCGCAGGAGUAUAUUACAAAUAUUGGGCAAUACCUGAUGUCUUUGCCUCUUCACUUGGAGCCUUUUGUGACACAGGAGGACCCAGCACUAGAGAUGGCCUUACAUGCUGGAAAGCUGCCUUACCCUCCAGAACAAGGUGACGACCUUCCCGAGCUGGACAACACAGCAGACUACUGGUUGGGCUCUAUUGCUCGAGCAACCAUGCAGACCUACUGUGAUGCUAUUUUGCUCAUCCCCCAGCUGACGCCCCAUUCCACUAAACAGCUGGCCACAGAUAUUGACUAUUUGAGCAAUGUGAUGGAUGCUCUGGGUCUGCAGCCGUCACGCAACCUCCAACACAUCGUCACUCUGCUGAGGACUAAACCGGAAGACUACAGGCAGACGGCCAAGCUGCUGCCUCGUCGCCUCACCUCCACCAUCGCUGCACUCCGAAGCAUUGACUACUAACAGCAAGAAAGAAGGACUCUGUAGCUGCAAUAAGCUCCUGAACAGCAGUGGGGACUUUUCUGUGUUGGAAACAAGCAGAUGAGUGCAAUAUUAAUACUAGCUGGUUUACUUGUUACAGUUCCUUUAAUCUUAAAGUGAGGAUUUUCACUUAAAGUCCCAGCAUGUUGGGAUGUUUUAGUUAAAAUGAAUGUGGGACUGGUGGGAUUUUUUUUUCUUUUUCUAAGGGAUUGGAAUCGGGAUGGUUCUCAUCUUUUCAUUGAUUAAUGUUGAUCUGUGUUUUACUGAUCAUCCAAUUGAAGAAAGGAGAAGGUAAUUGUUAUUUUAAGUUCUAGUACUCAUACAGAGGGGAGGGGUUCUGUCAAAGCAUUCAAAUUAUGUGACCAUUAUAUUUAAUUAACUGUAUGUCAUAAUAUAAUUGAUCACAGCAAUUAAAUUAUUCUGAGGUAAUAUUUCUUGUUUGAACUGUAUUGAUUUUUUUUUGUUCAUUUAGCCUUACAUUCAUUCCUUUUCAAGGGUAAAGAGGGUGACGAAUCUGUUGCAGUUGGCUGCUGGUUAAAUCUGUUAGUAACACCAUUUUUUGAUUAUCAGCCUAUUUUCUAUUUCUUUUCAUGCUGUAUUGUGAAAAUCUGUACAUAAAAU